AAUUUAUUCGUCCAGUACAAAUAGCCACUGAGAUAAAAAAAAGUGACACCAAGGCGCAAAACCAUAAUGACGUUAUUCGAUAUUUUGGAUUUCCACAGAUUGCAUAGGAGGAUUCAGGAUUAUUUUCUCGAUUCGGCUUUGUUUUUGUUAUUAUAAUUUAUUAUUAUGACUAAAAUCAAAUAUCACAGCAUUGCCAUAUUUCGGCAACAAACAAUUAUUUAAAUAUUGGGUAAAGUUACUAUGUAGUGUAAAAACUAAGAAAACAUUUGAUAAAAUUAAUAGGUUUCGAUUGUAAUUAUAAAAUUUAUUGGUAAUUUCUUAUUAUGACAAUAACUGAUUCGUGUUGUAUAAGCAUUAUCACUUAUGAACUGGAAAUAAUAGUUAGAAUUAGAUAAAUUGCCCAUAAUUAUAUUGGCAGAAGCAUCAAGCCAUAAUAAUGGAAAAGAGUAAGCGUGGAAGAGUUCUUAAUGGUAAUACAAGAGAGAUUGUGUUCAAUGUUAUCCAGUACUUUGAUGAAGAAAAACGAAUGAAACGAUAUUAUCCUUUGGAACACAGCCAUGCCCGCGCUUGUAUGGCUACAGGGUUGUCAAAAAGCACAAUAUCAAAAAUUAAAAGAGAAGGUGAGCAAGCCAGAAUAGAGGGCUCUAGAAUAGCUACACCAAGUAAAGGACAAAGGGGCCUCCACAAUAAGCGGGUGGUUAUUGAUAAUUGUUUGUUAUCAGGCAUCAGGGAGAUUGUUUCUGUUAUAUAUGACGCUAGAGACAUUCCAACUCUCAAUAAAAUUAUUGCAAUGGCCAAGAAUAAUUUAAACUACAAUGGUUCAAGAACAACACUUUGUAGGAUAUUGAAAAAGAACCUUGGAUUUAUUUUCAUAAAAUGUAAACAAAAUAGGCGUAUUAUAAUGGAGAGAAAUAAUGUUAAAGCCUCAAGAAUAAAUUAUUUAAGGCAUAUCAGAGAAAAUGACGCAUUAGGUUCAAAAAGAAGACCAGUAUUUUUUUUAGAUGAAACUUGGAUACAUACAACAAAUAAAGUUGGAGGAAAGAAAAUUCCUAUUCAAUCAUGGCUGAUAGCAUGUGCAGGCAAUGAAUCUGGAUUUCUUCCCGGGACAAAAAUGGUAUUUGAAGCCAAAAUUAAAAAAUAUUUUUACAGUUGUAUGGAUAAACUUGAAUUUGUUAACUAUGUUCAAGAAAAAAUUUUGCCUAAUUUACCAGAAAACAGUAUUGUUGUUAUUGAUGAUGCUUCUUAUCAUAACUUGCAUGUUGAUAAAGUUCCCACUUUUAGAGACCCAAAAAUUGAAAUACAAGAAUGGCUAAAUAAUUAUGAUUUUAAGGUUGAUAGAAACUUGAGUAAAUGUGAGUUAUUAGAGAUAAUUGAAAAAAAUAAACCUCCGGAAAGGUUCCUAGUUGAUGAUCUUUUCAAUAAAAGAGGCCACAUAGUACUCCGACUACCCCCUUUCAACCAAGAUCUAAAUCCUAUUGUGUAUAUCUGGGACUUGGUAAAAAAGAGGUUUAAAGAAAAGCUAGCCAAUUCCACAGAGAGCCAAGUGGAACAAUGUAUACAUUCAGCUUUAAAUUCUGUCACUGAAGAUGAAUGGAGGAACGAAAUUAAUGAAGUGAAAAGAUUAGAAGAAGCACAUUGGGUAAGAGAUGUGACUCAAGAAGAAGACUUUGACAAUUUUAUUUUAGGAUUAAGCCCAGAAUCAGAUGUGGAAAAUAACAGUGAAAAUGAAAAUGGUUCUAUGUUAAGUGAUAGCUCAUGGAAGUCUGACACUUCAGAUGAGGGUGAUGAAUAUGAAGAAGACACAGAGACUAAUUCUGUGGAGCCCAGUAGUAGUCAUAAUAUUACUAAAAAAAAGAAAUUAAAUUGAUAUGUACACAUUA